CCGAGGCAGGCAGUCCGCGAGCCCAGCCGCCGCUGUCGUCGCCAGUAGCAGCCUUCGCCAGCAGCGCCGCGGCGGAACCGGGCGCAGGGGAGCGAGCCCGGCCCCGCCAGCCCAGCCCAGCCCAGACCUACUCCCUCCCCACGCCAGGGCAGCCGCCGUUGCUCAGAGAGAAGGUGGAGGAAGAAAUCCAGCCCCUAGCACGCGCGCACCAUCAUGGACCAUUAUGAUUCUCAGCAAACCAACGAUUACAUGCAGCCAGAAGAGGACUGGGACCGGGACCUGCUCCUGGACCCGGCCUGGGAGAAGCAGCAGAGAAAGACAUUCACGGCAUGGUGUAACUCCCACCUCCGGAAGGCGGGGACGCAGAUUGAGAACAUCGAAGAGGACUUCCGGGAUGGCCUGAAGCUCAUGCUGCUGCUGGAGGUCAUCUCAGGUGAACGCUUGGCCAAGCCAGAGCGAGGCAAGAUGAGGGUGCACAAGAUCUCCAACGUCAACAAGGCCCUGGAUUUCAUAGCCAGCAAAGGUGUCAAACUGGUGUCCAUCGGAGCCGAAGAAAUCGUGGAUGGGAAUGUGAAGAUGACCCUGGGCAUGAUCUGGACCAUCAUCCUGCGCUUUGCCAUCCAGGACAUCUCCGUGGAAGAGACUUCAGCCAAGGAAGGGCUGCUCCUGUGGUGUCAAAGAAAGACGGCCCCUUACAAAAACGUCAACAUCCAGAACUUCCACAUAAGCUGGAAGGAUGGCCUCGGCUUCUGUGCCUUGAUCCACCGACACCGGCCCGAGCUGAUUGACUACGGGAAGCUGCGGAAGGAUGAUCCACUCACAAAUCUGAAUACAGCUUUUGAUGUGGCAGAGAAGUACCUGGACAUCCCCAAGAUGCUGGAUGCCGAAGACAUCGUUGGAACUGCCCGACCGGAUGAGAAAGCCAUCAUGACUUACGUGUCUAGCUUCUACCACGCCUUCUCUGGAGCCCAGAAGGCGGAGACAGCAGCCAAUCGCAUCUGCAAGGUGUUGGCCGUCAACCAGGAGAACGAGCAGCUUAUGGAAGACUACGAGAAGCUGGCCAGUGAUCUGUUGGAGUGGAUCCGCCGCACCAUCCCGUGGCUGGAGAACCGGGUGCCCGAGAACACCAUGCAUGCCAUGCAGCAGAAGCUGGAGGACUUCCGGGACUACCGGCGCCUGCACAAGCCGCCCAAGGUGCAGGAGAAGUGCCAGCUGGAGAUCAACUUCAACACGCUGCAGACCAAGCUGCGGCUCAGCAACCGGCCCGCCUUCAUGCCCUCUGAGGGCAGGAUGGUCUCGGACAUCAACAAUGCCUGGGGCUGCCUGGAGCAGGUGGAGAAGGGCUAUGAGGAGUGGUUGCUGAACGAGAUCCGGAGGCUGGAGCGACUGGACCACCUGGCAGAGAAGUUCCGGCAGAAGGCCUCCAUCCACGAGGCCUGGACUGACGGCAAAGAGGCCAUGCUGCGACAGAAGGACUAUGAGACGGCCACCCUCUCGGAGAUCAAGGCCCUGCUCAAGAAGCAUGAGGCCUUCGAGAGUGACCUGGCUGCCCACCAGGACCGCGUGGAGCAGAUUGCCGCCAUCGCACAGGAACUCAAUGAGCUGGACUAUUAUGACUCACCCAGUGUCAACGCCCGUUGCCAAAAGAUCUGUGACCAGUGGGACAAUCUGGGGGCCCUAACUCAGAAGCGAAGGGAAGCUCUGGAGAGGACCGAGAAACUGCUGGAGACCAUUGACCAGCUGUACUUGGAGUAUGCCAAGAGGGCCGCACCCUUCAACAACUGGAUGGAGGGGGCCAUGGAGGACCUGCAGGACACCUUCAUUGUGCACACCAUUGAGGAGAUCCAGGGACUGACCACAGCCCAUGAGCAGUUCAAGGCCACCCUCCCUGAUGCUGAUAAGGAGCGUCUGGCUAUCCUGGGCAUCCACAACGAGGUGUCCAAGAUUGUCCAGACCUACCACGUCAAUAUGGCGGGCACCAACCCCUACACAACCAUCACGCCUCAGGAGAUCAAUGGCAAAUGGGACCACGUGCGGCAGCUGGUGCCUCGGAGGGACCAAGCUCUGACGGAGGAGCACGCCCGACAGCAGCACAAUGAGAGGCUACGCAAGCAGUUUGGGGCACAGGCCAAUGUCAUCGGGCCCUGGAUCCAGACCAAGAUGGAGGAGAUUGGGAGGAUCUCCAUUGAGAUGCACGGGACCCUGGAGGACCAGCUCAGCCACCUGCGGCAGUAUGAGAAGAGCAUUGUCAACUACAAGCCAAAGAUUGAUCAGCUGGAGGGCGACCACCAGCUCAUCCAGGAGGCGCUCAUCUUCGACAACAAGCACACCAACUACACCAUGGAGCACAUCCGUGUGGGCUGGGAGCAGCUGCUCACCACCAUCGCCAGGACCAUCAACGAGGUGGAGAACCAGAUCCUGACCCGGGAUGCCAAGGGCAUUAGCCAGGAGCAGAUGAAUGAGUUCCGGGCCUCCUUCAACCACUUUGACCGGAAGAAGACAGGCAUGAUGGACACGGAUGAUUUCCGCGCCUGCCUGAUCUCCAUGGGUUACAACAUGGGAGAAGCAGAAUUUGCCCGCAUCAUGAGCAUUGUGGACCCCAACCGCCUGGGGGUAGUGACAUUCCAGGCCUUCAUUGACUUCAUGUCCCGCGAGACAGCCGAUACAGAUACAGCAGACCAAGUCAUGGCUUCCUUCAAGAUCCUGGCUGGGGACAAGUUCCAGCAGGGAGGCAUAAUGCAAACGGCACGCGCUGCCUUCACGCAGCCGGGCUUUGCGGCUGUGUUGGGCCACCCCGCUUUACGGCUGCUGGACUUUGCGGCCGCCCUGACCACUCUCUCCCCGCAGAACUACAUUACCGUGGACGAGCUGCGCCGCGAGCUGCCGCCUGACCAGGCCGAGUACUGCAUCGCGCGGAUGGCCCCCUACACCGGCCCCGACUCCGUGCCAGGUGCUCUGGACUACAUGUCCUUCUCCACGGCACUGUACGGCGAGAGUGACCUCUAAUCCACCCUGCCCGGCCGCCCUCGUCCCGUGCGCCGUGCCCUGCCUUGCACCUCCGCCGUCGCCCAUCUCCUGCCUAGGUUCGGUUUCAGCUCCCAGCCUCCACCGGGGCGAGCUGGGGCCCACGUGGCAUCGAGCCUCCCUGCCCGCGAAGUGACAGUUUACAAAAUUAUUUUCUGCAAAAAAGAAAAAAAAAAGUUACGUUAAAAACCAAAAAACUACAUAUUUUAUUAUAGAAAAAGUAUUUUUUUCUCCACCAAAUGGAAAAAAAGAGGAAAGAUUAACUAUUUGCACCGAAAUGUCUUGUUUUGUUGUGACAUAGGAAAAUAACCAAGCACAAAGUUAUCUUCCAUCCUUUUUACUGAUUUUUUUUUCUUCUAUCUGUUCCAUCUGCUGUAUUCAUUUCUCCAAUCUCAUGUCCACUUUGGUGUGGGAGUCGGGGUAGGGGGUACUCUUGUCAAAAGGCACAUUGGUGCAUGUGUGUUUGCUAGCUCACUUGUCCAUGAAAAUAUUUUAUGAUAUUAAAGAAAAUCUUUUGAAAUGGCUGUUUUUUAAGGAAGAGAAUUUAUGUGGCUUCUCAUUUUUAAAUCCCCAGAGGUGUGACUAGUCUCUUUAUCAGCACACACUUAAAAAAUUUUAAUAUUGUCUAUAAAAAAUAGGACAAACUUGGAGAAUAUGGACAACUUUGAUAUUGCUUGGCAAGAAUGGUAUUAAAACAACCACACUCCUA